AAGAAGGCAAAACAUUCAUCUCAUUGCCAUUGCGAUUGCACUCCCUAACACGAAUGUGUCAAGGGAGGUGUGAACAACAUUUGACCCCAACAAUUUGGUCCUGAAAUCUACCUUCCAUUUAUUUCCAUCAAGUGACGUGUCUUUUUUCUGGAUUGCUAUUGGUUGUAACCCCCAAACGAAGUGUUUAGUAAAUUUUUCCAAGCAAUGAAUGGGAGUGCUGGAGAUCCUGCUGGAUCUACUGAAGCCAAACCAUGGGAGCGGUCAUGGUCAACAGACGAAAUGCGUCAAAAUGCUCAUGCCUGGAAUUUAGCUGGUGAUACCGGACUUCUGAAGCAUUUGCAGGAAUUUUCACAGACAGUUCUAGCUCGCACUCAUACUACAGAAAAGGCUUUGGAUACCCUUGUUGAAGAAACAAGCACAUUGACAUCUGAUGUAAACACCACAAACAACAAAUUCUUGUGUCUCGCAAACACUCAAUUUGUUGAGAAUCGUGUAUAUGAUGAUGAUGACAAAGAAACUCCACAGGAUGAAUCUGUUCCUAAAACACAGUCUAAGGAGGAAACAGAAGCUAGGAUGCUUCAAAAAGUUCGGGAAGCCUUGUCCCUCAGUGUAGCUGUCCUUGAUACCAUGUUUGAACCUGUGGAAAUUCAAGCUAGUGAUUCAGAGGGUGAAAUAGAAACUGAGCAACAAGGAACCAAAACACUUAUUCUAGAACCUCAUAAUCCAUAUAUUCAUCGUCCAUUACCACAUCUUAUUGGAUCAGAGGCAUUCAUGUCUGACGACCAUAUUGGUCUGGCUGAUUCUCCCAGUGAUGAGGAAGAACAGUCCCUUAAAACUGGUGUAGACUAUGACAUGGAUGUUACAUCUGAUUCUGACAAUGACUUCACUCCCAUUGGUUCCAACAAAAGGAAAAUAGAUAUGUACUCAUCAAGAAGCUCUGUGUCCACGGGACCUGAGAAAAUUUCCCGAAAAAUUGAACCUACUGACUCUGUGCAAGGUGCAGGUAAUCCAAGUACAGAUGUUCCAGAACCAUCAUCAGUUCAAAAGCAUGGCCAGGAUAAUUUGUUUGCUUCCCAAUUAGCUGCAAAACUUGAUAAAAUAGCCCAUCCUGCUACCAGCUCUAACUUUACCCCAGAGAAAACUACUUCUGAUAAUCUAUUUGGUGGAGCUCUCUCUGAAAAUGAGGAUGAUGGCCUGUUCUCUGGAAACUCUGGCCUUUUCUCUGGCCGACCGAGACUCUUUGAUGAUUUAGAGAAUACUAACAACUCCCUUUGGGGGCCAGAUGAAGUUACUGAUUUUGUUGCAGCUAAGAAGGCAACUCUUGAAACUGAAAAUGUUGAGCAGCCCAGCAAACUGCCACCUAAAUCCGACAACCUGUUUUCAAGUAAUGGGUCCGAUGAGGAGGAUAGCCUUUUCUCUUUUGCCAAAUCUGGAAAAAUAGACCUCCCAAAACCAAGCCCAAUUCUUCAGAAACCCAAACCACAGAGACCAGGGAUAGUCACAAGUACACCUAACAAAGGAUUAGACAAUAGUAGUGAAACAAAACCGAGAUCAAUAAGCAAUAUUAAAGGUGAUUUAGAGAGGACAAGUUCUCAUGUUGUUGAAGACAAUGCACAAUCUCCCACAGUCCCAACUGUUCAAAGGGAAACUCCUGAUAAAAAAUUGGCUGGAGCGGUUCCAAUGUUUGGAAAGGCAAAUGUAUUGGAAGGGCUAAAAGCAAAGUUACCACGCCGACAAUCUUCGUCAUCUUCAGAAUCGUCAAGUAGUGAUCCGGCUGAAAACAGCUCGAUUCCAUCUGUAGAUCACACAUCUGAUGAAGUGAACAACUAUGAUCAAGGAUGGAACGGUAGUGCUAGCAGCUCUCAGAAAAGUCAAGCUCCAAGUCAAGGAAUGUCAUCGCCUGUCUUCAAUUCUACCAGUUUACCCAAAAAUGAAAUUAUUAAAAUCAAGAAAGAGCCGAGUUCAAUUUCAAGUGUGCCAAGUGCAAGUAACGAUGACAUAGAUGAUAUAUUUGGUAGCAAGCCUUUGACAUUCUCCCCUCCAUACUCUCAACCUAUUUCUGGAGGACUUUUUGCUGAUGUGGAUGAUGAGGAAGAUGAUCUGUUUGCUGUGAGCCCAGCACCUAAACGGACAGAGACAAAAGAAAUACCGGAUCACAUCAAAAAGCAAGUUAAUGAUAGUCUAUUGAAAGAGGAAGAAACAAAGCCAGUGAAUUCCAAUGAGGAUGCAGAAAGUGUUAAGCAGAUUUCUUCCAAACCCCCUCAAACAAUCGUAGCCCCAAAACCUGCCCCAGGAAAAAGUUUUACCCAUGAUAUAUAUAGUACAGUGCCACCACCUUUGAAAUCAGAGAACAAAAUCAAAAAGCCUGUCUCCUUAUUUGAUGAUUCAGACUCCGGUGAAGAUGAGCUUUUAUUUUCUUCUGCCAGCUCAGCUGGGUCAAGGCGUUCCCAGGCCUCUACAGAUAUAUUGUCAGCAGCUGCAGCUUCCUCUAUUGAGAAGAAAUCUCUCACAAAGAAAGGGCUAUUUGACGACGAUGAUGCUCUCUUUGGAAGUACUCGCAAUGAUCCUGAUGUUGAUAUAUUCGGUUUGUCCAAGAGCCCAGCUGAGUCCAAACCCCUUGGAGACAACAGAAAACUACCUGAUACUAGUUUAUUCAAAGAAGAGUCCUCUCCUGCAAUUGAUAAUAAUUCAUCGCUUCAGAAUUCCAGUGUCUUGAAUUCUGAACAUAAAGAUUUAUUGAAACCAGAACUAAAGCCUAUAUUCCAGGAUGAUUCAUUUGUACGAGACAAUUGUGAAAAAGAGAAUUUUGUGAAUUCCGAACCCACUUUGCCGAAAACCAAAUUAUUUGAUGCAGUAGACGGUGAUGAUGUUGAAAGUGACUUAUUCAGUGAUAUCUCAGUUCAUAAUAUUAACAAUGUUCCAUCAAGUGCCUCAACUUCAAAACCUAAUAAGGUACAUGACACUUCUCCCAUUGAAACUAGCCCUCCCAAGGCAUCAAUAGGGGAGCAAAUCAAAAAAAUAGGUGAAGAGAAUCAAUUGCCCAUUGACGAGGAACAAGUAUCAAAUGUAGAGAGAAACAGUGAAAAGUCCUUAAGUAUAAAAAAUGAAUCAUCACCUCAAAUAAAUGCUCCAUCUCAGCACAGGAAGCCAGAACCUCCAAGAACUCUCAACAUUAGAAAGGAAACAGAUCCAGGUCUUGGCUUAUUUGAUGAUAGCAAUGAUGAAGACGAUGACUUAUUUAGUUCAUCUUCGAAAAAGGAAUCCCAGAAACCUGCUCUGUUGCCUAAAGAGAGUGCAACACCUAAAGCAGCUGUUAAGCCUCUCACAGCUGUCAAGCCUUCAACAGCUGUUAUAUCAGAUACAACACCUGCCAAAAAAGUGGAUAUUCCUCAGGAUGAACCGAAGACGUUAGAUGUGGCUGAUGGCGCUGUCGUUAGUGUUUCGAAACUAAGAAAUACUCUUUUAGCUGGAGGGAAUGGGCAGCCUGGUUUGAAAAUUGAUCCUCGUGCUUUACUACCUGGUCAAAAGCCUCCACCGAGGCGAACUCCACCAAAAGAACAAACACCUGAACCAGGACCUACUGCACCAUCUAUAUCAGAAUCAAAAGAGCCGCCAGCGCGGUCUGCAGAAUCUGGUGUUGGGUUUGACCAGCAGGCACCAAUCAGUGCCACUUUGACAUCCGUUAACAAGGACCGAGCCAAGCUUGGAGUUAAAAGACGUCCACCUAGCAACAAGGCUCGAAGGGAGGCUGCUAGAGCCAGUCAGAAUUUGGAGCAAUCUGACAGGGAUAGUCCCUUGUCACCGGAUGCAUCUUCAAUAUGGACAGAUUCCAUUGGAGGGGUGAAUUCAAAUGGUAACUCAAACAACAGUGUAUUGUCCCCUUCAACUGAUGAGGAUGACUUAUUUGGAGUUCCCCAAGACCUGCCUGCUGAGUAUGAAGACCCAAGUUCAACAUCGGCAGAUAUAUUUAGUAGUCCUACCAUACUAUCCCCAGUGCCUCCAGUCAACAAUGACACUAAGCCUGAAAGGAGCAAUUUCACAGAUCAGAUCAAAGAAUUUCAGGACUCCCUCCAGAAGAAUGCGUCACUGUUCUUACCUCCUGAUGAUAUUGAUGAUGAUUCCCUCAGUGAUAAAUUGUUUGAUCCUGUGCUAGAGACAGCUCCUGUGGUCAGCAAAACCCCUGUGUUAAACUCUAGUACUGUGGUAAACUCAGCCCAUGUGGUUAAGUCAACUGAUGUGGUUGAUUCAUCCCCUCUGGUCAAUGCAGUUCCUGUAAUUGAUACAGCUCCUGUGGUCGAGGCAAGCCCUGUCGUUGACACAGCUCCUGUGACUGACUCAACCCUUGAUGUUGAUACAACUCCGGUGGUGAACACAUCUUCUGUGGCUAAUACAGCUCCUAUGGCUGUUGAAAAUGAAAAGACUUCAUCAACAGAAGACCAUUCAUCACAGAAGACUGUGCCUGAUCCAUCCUCAGUUCCAUCCCAACAUCCAAAAACGUCUCUCAAUGAUUCUCCAAAAUCAGUUCCUAGUAAAGAUGAAAGUGCUGCACCUGCUCUAGACCCACUGAAUAAACAAGAACAGACUACAAUGGAUGAAGAGAGUAAUCUGUUUGGAAGUGAUGAUGCAUCUGAGAGUGCAGAUGACAGUAAUGCACUGUUUCCAUUUGUCAAAAAGAAGCUUGAAAGCAAGCAGUCAAGCAGUCAGCCCCUUUUUUCCCAAACUCCAGCUCUUCCUUCUAAAACUGAUAUUUCUUCUACAAAGCCUAAUCUACGUGGUCUUGAUGAAAUUGAAGAUAAUGACCUAUUUUCCUCCACAAAUCAUAAAUCUCAAAUCCCAAUCAAGAAACCUCCUGUUUUACAAAACAAGGAAGUGAAAACUUGGAACUUUUCAGACGAAGAUGAUGAUGAUCUUUUUCAAUCCAGUUCAAAGUCGGGCCCUCUUAAUCCUUCUCAAAAUGCUGUUGCUACUAGCAAAGGCAAAAAUAGUGCAUCACCAGAGCCUUUUGUGUCAGAAAAGAUUACCAAGACUAUCAAAUCAUCUAAGCCUAAAGCAAACAAUGGUUUGUUCAGUGAUGAAAAUGAUGAUGAUGAUGACCUCUUUUCCAAACCACCUCCAUUGUUGAAGAGCAAGGUUAAAGAAAAAAACUCUAAGUCAUCCUUAUUUGAUGAUGAUGAUGAUGACUUGUUUGGAUCAAAACAGCCCAAAUCUUUUAAGACUCCCAAUCCAAGUAAGUUGGAGAAUAUGCCAGGAACAAGCACUCAGUCACAGGCUUCAUCAAAAGUCAAGAAAGGAAAUGUGAAUGUGUUUGAUGACCCCUUAAAGGCGUUUGAAAAUGAUUGAUUGUUUCUGUGACUACAAUCAUUUGGAACAAUGUGGGAUUUUUGCUGCUUGUGUUCACUUUUGUUUGUUUUAUUUCAGUGAUUCUGUUGUGUUUGUGUACCUAUUUGAUUUUUGAUCUGAUGAAAGUGCACUACCACUUUUGCUCAUAAUUUUGCCUCUGUAAAAUGAGAUAUUUUGUGAUUAUUUUUAUUCAAUAUAAAUAUUUUAUGGGGACAGAUGUUAGAUAGUAUUCAAAGGGAUUCAUUGUCUAUUUUCAUAUUGAGACUUUAUUUUGUUUUGUUACUGUGCUAUUUGAGGUGCUUAAAAAUGUUGAAAGGCUGCACAUUCCUUUACUUUUAUUUGACCAAAAAUGCCUUUUUCAAUCUUGUUAUACUAUGAAAUACUAGGAGCUAUUGCUUGCCGUUUUUUAAAUGGUCUCCAUUUGUAUUUUCAUUGAGUAUUUGUAUAAGUUUAUAUAUUUUUAUUGUGAAAACCAGUUUUAUCGUGCUCUUCUAGUCAGCUCAUAGAAUGCUGGUUGUUUUGGCAAGACUAUAUGGAAAAUACUCUCCAUGAUAUAAUUAUCAUUCCUUUAGAGCCUAGUCAUAUGAUAAUAUGGUACGUACUAAUGAUAUUUUUUGUAGUAGUGUAGAAAAUCUGAGUUUGAGCUGUGAUCAUGUAUUUAAUGAAUGACUUCAAAACUAUUCAGAAUGUGUACACGUUUCUUACACCCAAACAGUCUGUUUUCUUUUAAUUGGGGUUUAUUUUUCAUACUGUUUUCUUAGUUAAAUUUUUGCCAGAGUAAACAGCUUUUGAUCUGUUGUAGUAUGUUUAAGGCCUCCUUUUGCCCAUUUGCCGCAGAGGAUAAUCGUAUCUUGUUUGUGAACUCAAAUAUUUCCUCCUCCUUUUAGUUGUUCACCAAUCUGCAUUGUGUUCUUGUUUGAUUUCCAAUAAGGUUCUACACUCUGUGAUGAUGAUUAUCAUAGAGAAAAAUAUCUCUAUUGUUAUGUUGUAUAUAAUAAAGUAAUAUUGUAAUGUUA